AUGGCAGAGCUGCCAGUGUUGGAGACGCCCAGAGACCCUGCUCUGUGCAGUGGGCGCUUCACCAUCAGCACAUUGCUGGGGGGCGAUGAGCCCCCCCCACCGGCUGCCUAUGACAACAGCCACCCCAGCCACCUGACCCACGGCAGCACCUUCUACAUGCGCACCUUUGGCUACAACACUAUCGAUGUGGUGCCUGCCUACGAGCACUAUGCCAACAGCACCCUGCCCGGCGAGCCCCGAAAGGUCCGGCCCACGCUGGCCGACCUGCACUCCUUCCUCAAGCAGGAAGGCAGCCACCUGCAUGCUCUGGCCUUUGACAGCCGGCCCAGCCAUGAGAUGACCGAUGGGCUGGUGGAGGAUGAGGCAGGUACCAACGGCGAGAAGAACCCUGAGGAGCCUGUGCGCUUUGGCUGGGUCAAGGGGGUGAUGAUCCGUUGCAUGCUCAAUAUCUGGGGUGUGAUCCUCUAUCUGCGGCUCCCCUGGAUUACCGCCCAGGCAGGCAUUGUCCUGACCUGGAUCAUCAUCCUGCUCUCGGUCAUGGUGACCUCCAUCACGGGCCUCUCCAUCUCGGCCAUCUCCACCAACGGCAAGGUCAAGUCAGGUGGCACCUACUUCCUCAUCUCCCGGAGUCUUGGCCCAGAGCUAGGGGGCUCCAUCGGCCUUAUCUUUGCCUUCGCCAAUGCUGUGGGUGUGGCCAUGCACACUGUGGGCUUCGCAGAGACCGUGCAGGACUUGCUCCAGGAGUACGGCUCACCCAUCGUGGACCCCACCAACGACAUCCGCAUCAUUGGCGUGGUCACCGUCACUGUGCUGCUGGCCAUCUCCCUGGCUGGCAUGGAGUGGGAGUCCAAGGCCCAGGUGCUCUUCUUCCUCGUCAUCAUGGUCUCUUUUGCCAACUACCUGGUUGGGACACUGAUCCCCCCCUCUGAGGACAAGGCCUCCAAAGGCUUCUUCAGCUACCGGGCGGACAUUUUUGCCCAGAACUUGGUGCCUGACUGGCGGGGUGUGGACGGCAGCUUCUUCGGGAUGUUUUCCAUCUUCUUCCCCUCGGCCACGGGCAUCCUGGCGGGAGCCAACAUCUCCGGGGACCUCAAGGACCCUGCUGUAGCCAUCCCCAAGGGAACGCUCAUGGCCAUUUUCUGGACCACCAUUUCCUACCUCGCCAUCUCGGCCACCAUUGGGUCCUGUGUGGUUCGAGAUGCCUCCGGAAUCCUGAAUGACACGGUGAUCCCCGGCUCAGGCGCCUGCGAGGGGCUGGCCUGUGGUUACGGCUGGAACUUUACCGAGUGCUCCCAGCAGCACAGCUGCCGCUACGGCCUCAUCAACCACUACCAAACCAUGAGCAUGGUGUCAGGCUUCGCACCCCUGAUCACGGCCGGCAUCUUUGGGGCCACCCUCUCCUCAGCCCUGGCCUGUCUCGUCUCUGCCGCCAAAGUUUUCCAGUGCCUGUGCAUAGACCAGCUGUACCCGCUGAUCGGCUUCUUCGGCAAAGGCUAUGGCAAGAACAAUGAGCCAGUGCGCGGCUACCUGCUGGCCUAUGCCAUUGCUGUGGCCUUCAUCGUCAUCGCUGAGCUCAACACCAUCGCCCCCAUCAUCUCCAACUUCUUCCUGUGCUCCUAUGCCCUCAUCAACUUCAGCUGCUUCCACGCCUCCAUCACCAACUCACCUGGGUGGAGACCCUCAUUCCGAUACUACAGCAAGUGGGCGGCGUUGUUUGGGGCGAUCAUCUCUGUGGUCAUCAUGUUCCUUCUCACCUGGUGGGCGGCCCUCAUCUCCAUCGGUGUGGUCCUCUUCCUCCUGCUCUAUGUGAUCUACAAGAAGCCAGAGGUGAACUGGGGCUCCUCGGUACAGGCUGGCACCUACAACCUGGCCCUGAGCUACUCGGUGGGUCUCAACGAGGUGGAGGACCACAUCAAGAACUAUCGCCCCCAGUGCCUGGUGCUCACGGGGCCCCCCAACUUCCGCCCAGCCCUGGUGGACUUUGUGGGCACCUUCACCCGGAAUCUCAGCUUGAUGAUCUGCGGCCACGUGCUCAUUGGACCCCGCAAACAGAGGAUGCCUGAGCUCCGGCUCAUCGCCAAUGGGCACACCAAGUGGCUGAACAAGAGGAAGAUCAAGGCCUUCUACUCCGAUGUCAUCGCUGAGGACCUCCGCAGUGGUGUCCAGAUUCUCAUGCAGGCUGCAGGUCUCGGGAGGAUGAAGCCCAACAUUCUGGUGGUCGGGUUCAAGAAGAACUGGCAGUCGGCUCACCCGGCCACAGUGGAAGACUACAUCGGCAUCCUGCACGACGCUUUUGAUUUCAACUACAGUGUGUGUGUCAUGAGGAUGCGUGAGGGGCUCAACAUCUCGAAGGUGAUGCAGGCGCACAUUAACCCCGUGUUUGACCCAGUGGAGGAUGGCAAGGAAGCCAGAGCCAGUGGAGCCAGACCAUCUGUCUCCGGCACGGUGGACCCCGAGGCCCUGGUGCAGGAGGAGCAGGCCAGCACCAUCUUCCAGUCGGAGCAGGGAAAGAAGACCAUCGACAUCUACUGGCUAUUUGACGAUGGAGGCCUCACCCUCCUCAUCCCCUAUCUCCUUGGCCGCAAGAAGAGAUGGAAUAAAUGCAGGACCCGCGUGUUCGUGGGGGGCCAGAUCAACAGGCUGGACCAGGAGAGAAAGGCGAUCAUUUCUCUGCUGAGCAAGUUCCGGCUAGGAUUCCACGAAGUUCACGUCCUUCCCGACAUCAACCAGAAGCCGCGGGCUGAGCACACCAAGCGGUUUGAGGACAUGAUUGCGCCCUUCCGCCUGAAUGAUGGUUUCAAAGACGAGGCCACGGUCACCGAGAUGAGACGGGACUGCCCCUGGAAGAUCUCGGAUGAGGAGAUUAACAAGAAUAGAAUCAAGUCCCUUCGGCAGGUGAGGCUGAACGAGAUUCUGCUGGAUUACUCCCGGGAUGCUGCUCUGGUCAUCAUCACCUUGCCCAUAGGGAGGAAGGGGAAGUGCCCGAGCUCGCUCUACAUGGCCUGGCUGGAGACGCUGUCCCAGGACCUCAGACCUCCGGUCAUCCUGAUCCGAGGAAACCAGGAAAACGUACUCACCUUUUACUGCCAGUAA